AUGCUCAAAGUUAUCAUACCGUUCGCACUCUUAGGAACCUGCGUAUACGCAAUCACAAUUGGUCCAAUAAUCAGUCCAUUAACCAACCUUCCCAUUGUCAAUGCCCAAGUUUCGCCUGAUGGUUUCGCUCGUAGUGCCGUACUUGCUGGAGGGACUUUUCCUGGCCCGGUAAUCGCUGGUAGAAGGGAUGACAUCUUCAGUAUCAAUGUACUUGACCAACUGCAAGACACAUCCAUGCUUCGGAGUACCUCUAUUCACUGGCACGGUUUGAACCAACACGGAACAAACUGGGCCGACGGCCCUGCGUUCGUGAAUCAAUGCCCCAUCACACCCGGUAAAGCUUUUGAGUAUCGAUUCCACGCAAAAGACCAAGCAGGGACCUUUUGGUAUCACUCUCACUUUUCAACACAAUAUUGUGAUGGGUUGAGAGGCGUGCUUGUCGUUUACGACCCUAAUGAUCCACACAAGUCACUCUACGACGUGGAUGAUGAGAGCACCAUCAUUACGUUGGCGGACUGGUACCGUAAGUCACUACCCGCACCUCAAUACGGUGGUGUAGCUACCCCUGAUUCGACGCUGAUCAACGGACUCGGAAGGUAUCCGAACGGACCAGCAUCACCGCUCUCUGUCGUUCUCGUCCAACCUGGGAAACGUUAUCGAUUCCGCCUAGUUUCGCUUUCUUGCGACCCCAACUACAUUUUCUCCAUCGAUGGACACAACAUGACGGUGAUUGAAGCCGAUGGACAUAACACGGUACCCGUGGUUGUGAAUUCACUCCAAAUUUUCGCAGGACAACGCUAUUCGUUCGUUCUCAAGGCAGAGGCAAAUACCGGUUCGAGGCCUGGAAAUUUCUGGAUUCGGGCUCUCCCGAACUUUUCCUCGUCCUUGUCAUUCGCUCAGGGUACCAACUUGGCUAUCCUUCGAUACAAGGGUGCACCGGGGAUUGAGCCCAACACCACGGCUCCCGUGACUGAUAACCGCCUUGUGGAGACGAACCUUCAUCCGUUGGAAGAGCCCAGUGCGCCUGGAGCCCCAACCCUCGACGGAGCAGAGGUCGAUUUGAGUAUAACCGUUACAUUUGACUUUGCAACCGGAAAGUUCCAGAUAAACGGUCAAUCAUACGUUGCGCCCUCCGUUCCAGUUUUAUUACAGAUUCUCAGUGGCAAUGCUACCCCUGAGCAACUCAUUCCGGCCGGCUCUAUAUAUUCUCUCCCAGCAAACAAAACCGUCCAGCUCUCUUUCACACUCGGUAGUAAUGGUGGGAUUGGAGGACCGCACCCGGUUCACCUUCACGGCCACCCAUUCUCAGUCGUUCGCUCUGCUUCCAGUAGCACGUACAACUUCGUGAACCCUGUGAGGAGAGAUGUUGUGAGUACAGGAGCACCCGGGGAUAACGUUACUAUCCGGUUCUUUACCGGUACUGGUACAUAUGGGGGAGGCGGAAAGAGUUCAGGGCCUUGGUUUUUGCAUUGUCACAUUGAUCGUCAUCUUGAAGCGGGCCUAGCGAUUGUUUUCGCGGAAGAUACUGGUAAUACGGCUGCUGUGAAUCCUGUUCCAGACGCGUGGAAACAGCUGUGCCCGGAUUAUCAAGCCGAAUUUGGAAACGGAGGAGAGACCGUGACGACUUGA